GCUCGGCGUGCGGGCCGACUUGUGUGCCGUUAAAUACAUUCACUUGUGACCUGAAUCAAUGCGCCUGAGCGGCGCGAAACAGCCCCCUAAGAAGUGCGAAGCGCUCAGUUCUCGCAUGCACGCUGACCAAAUGACAUGUGACAACCAUGAAGACCGCCUCGAAAGUCAAUAACGCCGGCGAAAAAGUCGAAAGCUCAGGACAGAAGGAAAAAGGCACCCCUUCUCAUAAUAAUAAGCCAGUGCAAAAAGUUGGCCUAACACCGUUGUGGGAACAGGUCACUCGGCUUGGCCACAUUCCCGCUGAAACCGACGUUACUCUUGUUUUCUAUGAAAUCAGUGCUCGGUUGCGCCAUGGGGAGUGGGAAGUGCGGCAACAUGCUCUCAGGGUGCUUACAGACGUCGUCCCUGUGUUGGGACAUCACCGUCUCGAGAUUUGUUUGCCGUCUGUGUUAUCGGAGCUCAUCACUAAUUUGGGACAUCCCUCGGCCGCCGUCCGGAAGGGCGCUUCGAAUACCCUGAGAGCCUGCAUCAGGGAAUCAGAUUCGCCGGAUGGCGUCCUCAGAACGGUCAUUGCCAGAGCUAACAGUGACGACCGAAAUGUUGCUCUUGGCGUCGUCAUCCACCUUCCCCUGCUCCUGGACGACCGGGUGUCCAUGCAGACAAUGUCCAUCAUGAUUGGCACAAUUGCUAAGAAGUUGAUUCAGAUCUCUUUUCAAGAACACGCUCUCAAAUCCCUGGUAAAAAUUCGUCAAACAAUUGGUGAACGGGAUUUCAACCACAUUCUUGCAAAGUGCAGCCCUCAAUGUCUGCAGGAUUUCAGCAUACUUUGCCAAGUGUAUGAAGUGUCGGACUACACGUCGAAUCCCUUGGACCUUUCAGAACCCUUGGGGUUUUUGAGUGACGACCAGCCGGAGUUCAAAGAGUUCAGAGAGUUCAGGGAGUACAGUUCAGACGAUACAGCAUCCGAUCCAAGCAGAAAUCCUUGGAGUUCUCAAAGGGCUCCUUCGCCCAGUCCAACGCGUGCUGCUCCAAGCAGUGCUGUUCAACGCCCUUCUCAAAACAGCGCAGUCCAGCGCCCCGCUCAAAACAGCGCCGUGCAGCGCCCCGCUCCAAGCUCGUCAAGCAGCUCUGCUGAGCGUCCCAUAUCUGGUCGGUCAAGUUCCAUGGACAAUCCGAAGUCUCGGUCAGGCAGCGGAGUUGGAAGUGGAGCGAGCAGUAGUUUCAGCCAGCCCAGUUCAGACUAUGAAGAAGAUGGAAUGUUUAUAAGGGGAAAAUCCGCCAGUUCACAAAGAUCAAGAGUGGGCACAGGACGUCGUGUUCGUUUCGGAGGAGAAAGUGAGCUCAAGACACCGUCACCUAUUGUAAUCAUGAAUGAUGACACAGUAAAAGAGAAUGUUAGUCCAGCAUUCAGGAGGAAAAGCAUUCUAGAAGUGGAAAAGCAGCCACCUGUCAGUCACAUACCUGUCAGGGUCAAGACGGAUAAUGGACCUUCGGUCAAUCCUGUUCGGCCAAGGUCUAGAUCUCAAGAACAUCCGCUCAGUGCAAGAUCAAAUUCAAUUGAAAAUCAGCAAAUUGAGGUGCCGCCGAGACCAGAAAUAAGAGUUUCCUCCCCGACCAUUAUGGAGCAGCAAUACAAACCCAUGCCCCCAAUUGAAUCUCAGAAACAAACCGCAUUAACUUCAAAAAAUGUCCAAAAUUCUCCUCCCUCUUCAUCACCCCAGAAGUCGCCUUCAAAGAAGCCAAUGCCGAAAAGAAAGAAGAACAACUCGAGAGGUAGGGAGUCGCCUAUCCCUACUUUUGAUGGGGGAGAAUCUCUAACCGCAAGUUCUUCCGACUACGAGAGGGAAGAAGCAGCCAAGGCGCGUCAGGCACCCUCAGCCGCGGAGGACGCUUCUAGGGUGGCCUCUGCUUUGGCCUCUUUGGACGAAAUCCAAAAGAAAGCAGCUGAAAACGCAAGUUGGGAAGACCUCAGCAUUGUGGAUAAAUCCGUCAUGGAGGAUCUCAGAGACCGAGAUGACUGGCGUGCCAGAGUUCGAGGCGCACAACAACUCAAAGCGGCCCUUCGUAAUUCUGGUGCCGUCGAACGCCUGAGAGCCCAUCUGCCUGAAUUUCUGACGUUCCUCGACUCAAUGUUGGAAGACCACAGCCCACUGGUGGUGAGUGCCACCCUGGGUACUUUUGCCCGUCUGGCAGAGGCUUUGGGCAACAAACUGGGACCACACGUUCGACACAUCUGCGGCUCCCUCUGCAGACCGGCAGCUUCUUCUCGGGCCGAAGUGAAGAUGGAGGCGGCCCACGCAGCCAAGGCCCUGAUGCAGGUUUUAGGGCCGCAGAUGGUGAUGGAGGCGCUGGCUGAAAACGUCAAAGCCCGAAAUCAUCGCCACCGAGAGGCAUCACUCCAGCUGGUUAUCCUCGGCCUGCUCACUUUUCCUAGUUCUGAUUUUGACGCAAUUGAAAUUGCUAAAAUUGUUAUGCCAUCACUAGCAGAUGGCAAACGACGAGUUCGACAGGCUGCUUUGGAGUGCACAGCCGUUCUCGGACAAUUCAUCCACACCUCUGCUCUUCCAAUCCACUUAGCUGACGAAAAACUUAGGACAAAGCAGUCCAUCGACGCUUUGCACUCGGCAGUAAAUGGACGCUUGGCGAGAAAAAUUCUUCCUGUUCUUUCUUCCGAAGGACUCAUCUUAUACAGUGUUCAAGUUUCAAACGCAGCAGCUCGAGGAUUAUCAGGUUCGCCAUUCGGUGCAGAUGUUGAGUGGAUUUUGGCUGGAAGUGGAUCAACAAGUGCAGGUUCUGCAAGAUCGAGGGGUCAACUUUUCUCCGCAGCCCGAAGAGCAAGUAGCGAAGACUCCCUUCCUGAGGAUACAAGACCCAUUUCCUCCAACAGGCAAAAGUCAAGCAAGGGCUCUAGGAGUCCAAGCAGGAAAAGAGUCAACAACCAGUUGACUUCGCCUGUCAAGGAAUACCAAUCGUUCCAAAUGGAAGGGCCUCCGCCAAACUCGCCACCUCCAAAAGUAGAAAUGCCAGAACCUAAAAACGUUAACACUGACAACGUCAACACAGAUGUUCCUGAUGACACCUGGGAAUUGGUUCCCGUUGCAGCUUUAAAAGACGAUCAAAACAACUCUCGCUUACCAACAGAGGGACCUCUGUGGACGGCGGAGCUUGCCACUGACCCCAACCAGCCCCCUGAUGGCCAAAACAGACCGAUGUAUCUUCGGCUCCUUCGCCGGCAGCCUGAGCAGCUCGUCAAUCUGGACAAGGAGCGAGGCUACAUUUUGCUACCGAGCAAACAGCUAGCCUCGGCGCUUGGCAGAUCUCCGGCGGAAGCCUCAGCUUCACCUAAUCAGAGCCAGCCUUCCAACAACAUGCCUCCUUCCCCUGCUUUCCACCAGACUAGAAGUCAUCAGGAGCGAGUCUACGAAAGCAGAGGUAAUAUGGAGCACCAGGAGGAACGUUUUUCACCUACCAGGGUAUCGGUCAGUAACAACUACGCCAAUCCAAGAGAGCGCCACAGAAUGUCACCCCUAACACGAGAACAGCUAGGCAGCCCGCCAUCCACUGCGAGCAGCUCUGACAAUGGAUAUGGCAGUCCAUAUCACAGGCAUGGAUCUAUGAGAGGCCGAAUGAAGGACAAGAAGGAGAGAAAUUUGACUGAACCUGGGCCUAGUGGCCUCAACAAAAGAGGUGAAAGCCCCAAACGAGAGGAGCGAGGUGUGGCGACGAAUCAGUCUUCACCAAGCAAGAGGUCACCAGUGAAUAACAAUGUUCUCAGCAACAACAACAACAAUUUUCACCAAACUCAGUCUGCUCCUGGAGCUAUUCCCUAUGAUCAUGCUGCUUACACUUUAGAUAAUGUGCCUGAGGUGGAAAACAAGCAGGAGUCUCGUAGGUCGUCAGCCCACUCUUCGGUCGCCCGCUCUGGUGACUCAGCAAUUGGCUCCAUUGGCUCGGCGCAAACACCUCCAACUGCACAGUAUUUCGAUCCCUUCGAGACACCUCUUCCCUACAGCACCAGAAACUUGGCGGGUCCAUAUUUCAACCAGGACUCGUUCACAGCUCCAGCUUCGCCUCAACGCAAUCAACCACCACAGCAAGAAGUGGCGCCUAAGGCAACUCCAGUGGCGAGUCCGGCGCCUCCAGCCAGUGUGCACAGCAGCCCUCGUCGAUCGCUGGCGCCGUCCCCAGAAAGGUCGAAUUCACCACCGAUCAGACCACAAGCAAGCUCUCCAAUUCCUUUGCACCAACAGCACCUUCAGGCUGCUCAAGCAAACUAUCAGAAUGCACAACAAGAAUUUGAGAACCCGGCUGAGAGGCCUUUGCCUCAGCCCGUCGAGCUCACUGAGCAACCCAUGGCUCCUGUAGAGGCGGUUGCCUUCGCAGUCCCGAUGGUUCCUAAAUCCAGGCCUCCAAGAAGCGUCUCCACACAUAUUCCUCGGCGUGCGGUGAAAAGCUCAAAUUUGAACAGAGGUGUCAGGAACAGUUCGGCCCACAGCUCAAGCUCCUCUCUCAUGGAUGAUAUUCCUCCGACUCCAUUCAGAAGGCCCCAUGAUGUUUUCAACACAUGCAAAAUACAGCUGGACAGUGCUGAUUGGAUGACCAUCAAUAAAGCUUUAAAGACUCUGAACUACUUGGUUGAGCAUCAUUCAGAUGUCAUCGCCAUUGAAAUCCACUCCACUGUGGCUUCUGUCGUAACCCAAAUCAAGAACUUGAGGUCCCAGGUGUCACGCACUGCGUGCCAGGUGGCCGGAAACAUGGCCAUCCAUAUGAAGAGAACUCUGGAAAAUGAGGUUGAAGAGUUGGUGGCUCCUCUCCUGCACCGCUCGGCGGACACAACAAAGUUCCACCGCACGGACUGCAACGCUGCGCUGGACAAGAUAAUGCAGAAUGUGUCGCCCAUGAAAACCCUUCCAGCAGUCAUCUCCCAGGGAGCCAGCCACAAGAAUGCUGUUGUCAGAACUACAACGGCUCGGCUCCUUUGUGAUCAGGUCAACAGAAUGGGCGCCGAAAAGGUGAUGAAUUACAUCAGCAAGGAUGUGCGCGUCAAAUUGCUCAGGACGAUUGCCAACCUGCUGACUGAAGGCAGCCAAGAAACCCGUGAUUGGGCUAAGAAGGCCAUGCAGCCUUUAGUGCACCAUGACCUUUUUGAUGGUUACCUGGAGCAGGCUGUGUCUCCGAGCAUACUCCGAGCAAUCGACAAGACGCUCAAGGUCCUCAAGGGCAGGGUUCCACAAAAGAAGUGAACAUUUCCGGCUGAUUUGUGGAAUUAUUUUUUAGAUGAAUAAGUCAAAUAGCAAAAUCUAAAUUGUGAAGUCUUUUUUAAUGUCUGAUUUGAAUAAUAAUUUUACUUCUAUACAUGUGUAGAUCACCACAACAAGUUUUUUAUAAAGGUAAUUGUGAUUAUUAAAUUUAAAAACUCUGUAUUCAGUAUAAAUAUUAAAUUAAAAUAAAAUAAUAAAUAAAAGAAA